UUUUUAGUGCAGCCACAUGCGUGAGACCAGGGUCUACUCUGCCUUUGAGAAACGGCAUGUUGGUAUAGAUUUGCUGACUUAUACUGUGGACCAUUACUUUGGACUUUGACCAGCCAAGCAGACCUCUCUGACCUCUGAGAACCUGCCUCUUAUUGGCUGAGAAUUCCAUUGACCCACCCUUCCGUGUCCUCCAGCAGCAAGCACUGUGAAUCUUGUGCCUCUGCCACUGCUGUGUUCCAAGCGGUGGAUGAGACAGCUAAGUUGUAAGUAACCAUGAGUCGAGCCUGGGCCUUGUUUAAGGCCCACCCCUACAUCAGCAAUGUGGUCGGAUACACAACCCUGUUCGCAUCCGCGGACCUCAUACAGCAAAGCAUGCUUGGAGGGAAACAGAGUGGAGGAUUAAACACAGACAAGGGAACACACACCAUCCAUGACUCAGAGGGGGCCAAGCUUAACAUGGAGGGAACCAAUAUUUCCACUGGUACUAAAAGUGUCACAACAUGGGCUGAUAUUGACUGGUCCCAGACCGCUCGAGUGGCCUUUGUUGGGUUCUGUUUCCAUGCCAAUUUCAACUACCAUUGGCUGAAGGGGCUGGAGAGGAUGUUGCCAGGGGGAGGGGCCAAAAAGGUGUCAGGGAAGGUAGUGCUGGAUCAACUGGUUGCUGCCCCCGCUACUAUCAGUGCCUUCUUCAUAGGUCUUAGUGUAUUAGAAAACAAAGAGGACCCAUUGGAAAACUGGAGGGAGAAAUUCUGGACUUCAUACAAGACUGGAGUGGUGUACUGGUCAACAAUGCAGGCAUUGAAUUUCUCCCUGGUUCCCCCAGUUGCUCGUACAGUGUUUGUGGGUGGCAUCACGCUGGUGUGGACAGUAUUCCUGUGCCAUUUCAGACAGCAGAAAGAUGAUACACAAACCAAACCCCCCUCUCACUGAUAUGGAUGUUAUUGGAUGAGCUGUGUGAUGACAAAAUUGUGACAACUAUUUCAUUGAAUAGCUUUUAUGUGCUGCACGCUUAUAACUUGAUUAAAGUAGUUAUUUUAAA